CUGAUCCCCGAAUGCCUUAUAAAAUACUAAAUGUCCCUGAAAGCACGCCAUUCACAGCUGUGCUUAAAUUUGCAGCAGAGGAGGAGUGUGGUUAUAUCAGCUAAGAAUUGUACUUUAGCCUCUAAAGAUGCACUGCCUAAAACUGCAACAAUGAUGGCAAGUUGCAGAGUAACCACAUAUCCUGCACAGUUUAAGGUUCCAGCAGCAACAAGUGCUAUAAUAACAAAUGAUGGAAUUGGAAUAAAUCCAGCUCAAACAGCAGGAAAUGUUUUUCUGAAGUAUGGAUCAGAAUUGAGGAUUAUUCCCAGAGACAGAGUUGGAUGGUGUUGAGCACUGGAUUUUUGCUUUUUAAGACACUUUUAUUUUGGAAUAAUCGUUGGCUGCAGCCUCACUCAUACCAGACAUUAUAAAUUUACCAUUUAAAAUUAUGUUAAAGACUGGAAUGUCCUCGGAAUCCCUGAGUAUCACCCUAAUAUGUCAAUUGGCAGAUGUAAUUUUGGAAUCGAGUACUUUCAUAUUUUGUUAUGUAUUCUAUCAUUCUGUUUCAAAUAUGAUAUAAUUUCCAGCAAAUCAAAAGUUCACUUGUGAACUUUAGGAUUUCUAAUACUGUCUCUUCUCUUUUUUUAAAACAUAUUAUUUAAUAUGUUAACCAAGUGUACCCUACAGUGUGGCUUAUGUACAAAAACAUUUAUAUGGACUGACCACCUGUCCAGAAUUGGUUCGUGACUGUUGCUACUUGGACGGGCUUCACCUUCUAGGACUCCAUACUUUGAUGUGGUAGUUAUUUAAUUUAUGUAAUGGAUGGUUGAAUGGAUUUGUACAAACCUUGUCUUACUGUCAAAGAGUUUGUAUAUUUCUUUUUGAAGUCCAAAAUUAAAAGUGAUGAAAUGUUUAAAAUAUUUUGUUACUUUAACAUUUUUUCAAAUGUAUUUGGUACUUUAUUGUGUAAAUGUUAAUAUAGUGCAUUAUUGGCCUUUAAUUCUUCAUGAGGUCAUAAUUUAAAAUGAUUUCAAUUCAUUUUUGCUAUGUGCACUUAAAUAUGUUUAUCAUUUUGCAGAGCUUUGAUAUGAUUUAAUAGGGAUAGAGUAAAACUGUUAAAUCAGGUUAUAAAUGGUUAAGGAAGAAUUAAAAUAUAUUUCAGUAUAUAUAUGAUGUAUUUUUUUCCCCCAGAAUAAAAACGUAUUAAAUUAAUCUAUUAUCUGAAACAGUUUGUAAUAUUUUCUAGUCUGCAGUGACCAAAAAUCCUUGAAAGAAAGCAGAAACAAGAUUCUAUUGUAGAUGUGUCUGUUUGGUAUUGGGUAAGAGAAGUACUGUUAACAUGGACAGCUUGUACUUUGAAAAGUGGUUUAGACAAUUAUUACUAAAAUACAUCAGUUAGGAGAACUUUGAUUGAUGUUAUACUAUGCUAAUGUUCCAGCACAAUUUAAUAUGACUCAUACUGAACGUAUAUUUGACUAAAUGUGUCAUUGUUAUCCAGUUUAAAAUCAUUCUAGUUUCUCAAAUCAUGCUAAAGGUUACUAAAGUUACAGUCAUAUGAUAAAAUAAGUACAUGAAAUGUGUGGUGUGUUUUUUUUUUUUUUUUUUUCCUUUGUUUUUUUCUUUUAACAUAUGUGGACUUAAUCAAGGUUUGAUCUUCAUUUAAGUAGUAUAUUUAGAUAAAGGUGAUGAAAUUUCGGGGGGGACAAUGAAUGUUGGAUUUGCAAUCAUUUAUUCCAUUAAAGAUGUUAUAUGCCA